AAUCAGACCACAUGGUUCAAGGAGAGUCAAGAAAACUGUGCGGAAGAGACACUUAAGCUUAAAACAUUUAUCCCUUCAGUAUUUGUUAUUCUCAUAUGUUCUAUGGUUAUUCUGUCUUGAAGAUGAAUAGUGUUGGAGAGGGCUGCACUGACCUAAAACAGGAAUAUGACCAGUGCUUUAACCGUUGGUUUGCUGAGAAAUUCUUGAAGGAAGAUCGAAGCGGUGAUCCCUGUACCGAAAUGUUCAAGAAAUAUCAGCAUUGUGUCCAGAAGGCCAUCAAAGAAAAGGACAUUCCCAUUGAUAGCGUAGAAUUCAUGGGCCCCAAUAAAGAGAAACCAGACAGCUGAGAUGGAGGAUCUCCCCAACAACUUUGCCCUGUGACUCACUGGGAUUGCCAUGGACCAUGUACAGGGUUUCCACCCUUUUAUCUUGGAUUGGGUUUUGUUUGAGGCCGCUGUCCUUCUAAUGUGGAGACUAAUGAGCAUUCAUAUGAAGGAUCCAAAAUGCUAAAUGACUUGACAAUGGGUAUUGUAAUUUCUAUGUUGGGAAUGGAUUACAAGUGGAAGCUAAGAAUCCAGACAUUUGGGUCAGACCAAUAAAUAUCCAUGGUCACAAGAUGCAUGUAAAUUGGUGGUCACAUCAGAUACUCAUUCAUUAUAAAGGACUAUGAUACUUUGCAAAGGGAGUAAAAAAUAAAUACAAAUUCAGUUCUGGAAUUGUCGAUGUCUAUUAUAAGAGUGCCUGGCUUAAUGUCCCUCACAAGACAACUGAAGAGGGCAUCAAUGUGGAAGCAUUGGGCUUGAAGAGAAAGCUCAUCAACAUCAUACAAGGACAUUCAUUUGGUUUACACUGUGCAAUAUUAGAUGUUUUGUCUGUCUCGCUCUUAGCUCCAUUGCACUUCAGUUUUUUUUCCCAGUGUAUGAUUUGAUUCUCAGUGCAUGAUGCGAUGCAAUGUAAUGCUGUGAUUGACAUGUACAUUGACAAAACAAUAAAUAGAAGAAUCAUGUUACAUUA